AUGGCAUUGAAUUCGUCAUUUGGCUCUCUCAUGGCGGAGAUCUUUGCCAUAGAUAACCAGGUACCAACAGAAUCGGCCCAGGAACACAUUUUGCAGCAUGGAGAAGACAUUCAAGAUGUGACGACGACCUUUGAGCGGCAAGAGGACACCUCCCAGGAAACUGAACAGCCUUGUGAGGAGGAAGAGCAAGGGAGCAAUGGGGAAGAGGAGCGCACAAAUAAGGAGCCCAAAGUCGAAUGCACACCGGUGGAACCUAAGACUAAGAAGACAUGGACAUCGCAAUGGGAGACGGUAUUCCCUAAGAGCAAGGCCGUCGCGAAGAACCUGUGGUAUGCGGCUAAAAGCCGAACACAGAGUCACAUUCGAACUCUUCUAGUACGACAGUACAGCCCGCGCCUGAAGAGCAACGAGGUCGCCAUGGGAGGAGAAGACGGAAGAGCCAAAAAGAACCAGAGGAAGACGAUUGGGUCGUUGUCGCGGACGAUUUUGGAAUCUUGGUUUUCCUAG